GGAAAGGUCUUUUUCAUCCUGAGUCCUGCUGCCUCCAACCUUUAUUGGUCCCUUCCUUUAUUGCCUGAUCUAGUCUAGGUGACCCUGUCGGAAGCCUUUCACUUGCUCCCACUUUUACGCACCUCAUCAGUGCUCCUAGCAUUUUUGUAAAGUGAUGGCAACCCAAUUUUUAAAGGAAAUUGAAAAUAUAGAUGAUAAGGAACCUUCAGAAAUUAGGCCCCUGGUGAUUAAAUGGAUAGAGAAGCUUUUCCCAGCAGUUCAAUCAGUCGGAACAGAGACCCUGCAACAGUGGAUGGAAGAAAAACCAGAGGAGCUUCUGAUUCUCGACAUUCGAACUGCAGCUGAGUUUGAGGUCAGCCACCUGCCGGGGGCGAUUCUUGUCUCUGCUGAAGGCCAUGCCCUGCAGGAGCUGUUGAAGGCACAAUUUAUGCAAGAGCACAACAGGGGUCACAGGCGCAUCAUUUGCUAUUGCACUGUGGGCUACCGGUCUUCCAUUGCUGCUCAAGUUGCAAACGGGAUCUUGCCCCAAGUGGCCACAACUUCUUUAGAUGUCUACAACAUCCAAGGUGGAUUGGUGAAGUGGGCCACAGAAAGGAGGCGGAUGGUCAGCCAUCAGGGGAGCCCUACGCAGCUGGUUCAUCCCUACAGCCCCAUCUGGGCAAAGCUCUUAGAACCGGAGUUCAGGGCAGAGAUCUGAGGAUUAUAUAUUGGUGAGCAUUAUUCCCAAGCUGGCAACUGAGGUUUUAAAUAAAAUGUUACUGCGCUGAAAAUCA